AAUCCCUUUUCCAUCAACAUUAUCCCAUCCACACACACACACCCACGCGGGUGUGUGUGUGUGGAAGCCAUUCCCAUAAUAUAAUACAACUCAAGAACAAAAAAAAUUGUACCUUAAACCAAAACCUAUGAAGCCAUUCUCCAAUCUCUUCUUUUCCAUCAUCCCAAUCUUGUUCGGGUUCGCGACGUGGUCGUCAUCGAACCCCAACCUUAACCCGAUCAAUUCGACGUGCGCGAUUUCAUCCCGUGACGAUCCAAACAUCGACUACGCUUUUUGCGUGACAUCCCUUCAAGCCGUACCUGGCAGCCGGUGCGCGUCCCUCGGGGCCCUCGGGAAGAUCUCGAUCGAUCUCGUUCUCCGCAACAUAACGGAGACGAGCUGUUACAUCGAACAGCUCAUCGAGAACGGGACGUGGGACCCGUACCGGAGGCAGUGCUUGAGCGAUUGCUCGGAGCUUUUCUCGGAUGCGAUCCCGGCCGUCGAGCAGGCUGCGAGGGACUACGAGGCGAGGAGGUUCGACGAUGCCAACGUGCACAUAAGCUCGGCGAUGGACGCCGCGACGACUUGCGAGGACGGGUUUAAUGAGAGGAGCGGCAGGAAUUCGCCGAUGACGAAGAGGAAUAACGACGCAUUUCAGCUAUCAGCUAUCGUGCUCGCGAUUAUCGACUUGGUUCGAGCGAGAUCGAGCUGAUAUAUUUUAUUGACGUAUAAUUUUGUGAUGGUUUUUUAGUAUGUAUCAAGUUAUCUUUGUAAGUACUCUCUUCACUCCCACGGUAAAUUAUCAACGCUUUUAAUUUGGGUCUUAUUUAAUUUGUAUUUUUUUUAAAAUAUAAUUAUAUACUUAAUUUUAAAUUUUAUAA